AUAUAUACAGUACAGCCUACAUUUGGUUUGAAUCUAUUUUGUUAGGCUAUAAAUAUGUGACAGUUCCCCUUUGAAGCUCUUGUUCUUCUCCUUUUCCAACUCUCUAAUCCUAUUCUGCUCACAUGUGAUUGGAGAUGAGUAUUGUUCCCACUUUGAUUUUUGUAAAAUAACUUCUGUUUUUACUUAUUAGAUAAAGGUGUAGUUUCAGUUUAAUAUGAUAAUAAACCAUAACAAAAAAAGGGCUUGUUUUGGGCUUGUUUUUGAAGCUUCGGUUACUUAUUUGUCUCGCGAGAGUUGGCAAUAGUGGUUGGGCAACUUUGCUAAAUAAACGCGUGCGUCUUAUACGGGCGAACCUGACAUUCAGGUUUUGUAGCUUAGGCUACCUACGUUUGUGGUGCAGUUUUAUUUUUUUUUAAAUAUGCGAAAACGAUCGCGAAAUAAACUUUUGAAAUUCUUUGCUAUAGCUGGAUUAAUAACACUUGUAGUGAUCCUCGUUUUUAACAGUACGAUACAGCCGUCUCUACCGAAGAAGACUCCAGCACCUAAAGAGCUCUAUAACGUGAUCUCACCAUCAACAUACAAAUUCAUUCUGAACCAGCCAGAACUGUGUGAGAACAGAAGUCCUUUUUUGAUUCUUAUGAUCCCACUGACUCUCAAAGACACAGAGGCGAGGACUGCAAUCAGAAGGACAUGGGGUCAAGAUGGCUUGAUUCCUCACGUGACCAUUUUGCAUUUGUUUGUCAUUGGUCAGCCAGCACAAAGUGACCCAGUACUGCAGGAGCACCUUGAGAGGGAGAGCAAAGAAUAUGGUGACAUCAUUCAAAUGGACUUUGUGGACAGCUACCAUAAUCUCACCAUCAAGACGAUGAUGAUUAUGAACUGGAUAGCCACUUACUGCCAGGGGGCCUGGUAUGCCAUGAAGAUCGAUGCAGAUGUCUUUCUCAAUGUGCAUUACCUGCUGGACUACUUGCAUGACCAGAGCGAGUCCUCAAGGAAAGACUACAUCACUGGAUCAGUUAUCUCAGAUGCCGUUCCUCACAGGGACAGCUUCGACAAAUGGUACAUCUCAGAGGAUCUUUACCCAGACUCCUGGUAUCCUCCAUACGUGUCUGGAGCUGCAUAUGUCUUUUCCAUUGACCUGGCUGGAAAAAUAUCCCUGGCCUCUAGAUUUGUGCAACCGAUUCCACUCGAAGAUGUGUAUGUGGGGUUGUGCCUGCACGUCCUGGGUGUAAAACCAGUUUAUGCAACAGAAUUUCUGGGAUUUAGGAAUCUUUUUGAGGUGCAAAGACUUAAGUAUGAAAGGUGCACUUUUGCCAAGCGCAUUAUAGUGAAUGGCUUUAACCCACAGAAUCUUCUCCGCGUUUGGCAUGACUUUCAGAAGUCUUAUUUUACAUGUUGACACAAUUGAAAUGACUGAAACUGUAUCUGAAGUACCUUGAAGCUGCUAAACCUUAUGUGUAGUAUUUGCUAGUGCCAUUGCUUUAACAAAGUUCACAUCACUGAGAUCCAACACUGUAACAUAUGCGAGGGAGAACAAAAUAUUGUUUUACUGAAAGGGCCAAGAACGCUUACAAAAAAGGGGGAAUAGACAGCUGCUGAGGUGUGAUAUGUAGAAAAUAAUGAAAUCUAAAUAGAUAUAGAAAACAUCUGUAUAGAUAGAGAGGAAGGGCAUGUGGAAGUGUUAGAGGUUAUUUAAAACACUUUCUUAGAUAAACAAUUUCAAAUACCAUAUUUUAAAAUGCUGGCCGUGGUCCACAGACCUCAGGUAUUAUAAGUGAUCCCUCAUCCAUUGCAUAGUGUUUUUUUAUUCUGCCUUCUCUUUUAUUCGUCCUUUUGUAAUUUCUUUCAAUUUAGAAAUCAUACAGUAGCUGCCCUUACAGAUAUAUCAGCAAUCCCCCCC